UGGCCCCCUUUAAAUGCCUCCGGGGUGACGUGAGGGCCACUUGUCCCUUUCGUGUCUCUCGCACGAGCAUCUCCUCCCGGCUCGAACCUAAGAGCGCCGCCACCCCGGCCGCCGGCGGGACUCUCCCUCCCCGGCGUCCUCCUCCUGCCCGCCUCGGCUUGUAAACGGCGACGGCCAAUCGAAGAUCCAUCGAUCGAGGCAAUAAGGAGCAGGUCAAACAAUGCCUCGAGUGCUCUACUGUGAGAGGACCUGUCCUCCUCUAGAGCCUCCUUUUCCGUCGACGCCUGCAGGAAAGAAGAAGCCAGCUGCUGCUCUUCAACAUGGCAACGCUGCUACCGCGCCGCUUCCUGAUCCUAACAACCAAGUGUAUUACGAGUAUGAGAGCGACAGUGAUGGAGAGUGCCCGCCUACCCCGGAGCCGGCCACGUUAGAAUCAGAAGACUACAUCGAUGGUGAUGAGGCGUUCUCACCCUAUCUGCGAAAUUGCCCGGGGUAUGCAAAUAUUGCGUUGGAGCACUACAACAGCCAAAAGAAAAACGAGAUCAAGUAUCAGCUCAUCAAACCGAUCAUCAACUGCGUGAUAAGAUAUGAUGGUUCCUAUCAUCAUGUGAAUUUCACGGCAAAAAGCACCUUGGAGGGUUCAAAGGAGGAGUUCUUCUUUGCAGAACUACGAUAUUGUCAUGAUACACAUGCUUGGGUACCCGUAUCCUUAGUUUCUAUGGAAGAAGAUGAGAGAGUUGGUGGGUUUUCAGAAAUCAGGAUGCUUGGCGUUGAUCCUCGCCAUUGUUUCGCCUGUGGAGAUGUGGUGAAGCACCCGGUGGAUGGAUCAUUGUAUGAGGCUGGCCAUUAUUUAGUUGAUGAUUACUACUUUCGUAGAUAUAUCGAAGUACUUCCAGCAACUUAACCAGGUGAAGUGCAAGACUAGUCAUAUAGCGGCCCAACGUGGGGUCGAGGAUCGUGGGUUUGAAGAUCUGGAUAUGUUUCUUCUCCCACAUGUCUGCUGCGUGAAGCAGCAGAUAGCGCUCUUGGGGUGUUCUCCACCGACAGCAGCCAAGCUACUUCAUCGCUUCCCAAAGAAGCAAGAGCUAUGAUAAUGCUCUCCUGGAUGUAAGGUUGAUGAGGGUGAUCUGUCCUCUUCAGCUGGUAGACGACUCAGCAGCCUACAGCUCAGAAGAUUCGAAGGACUGUUUCUUAGUAUGUACAUCUGUAUAUUUUUGGAUUCAAGUAUAAAAAAGACAUGGAAGAACCCAUGGUAGAGUUUGGUGGAAAACAUGGUAAUUUUCAUGAUUUUAUGGUCUUCUAAAUGCCAACGAGCUGAGUCUUGCAUUAAUUA